AUGCUUAUGUGCAAAGAGUCAUUCAAUGAAGAAAUUGACUAUGUAAUAUCAAGUGAAGAGUCAUUUAAUGAAGAAAUUGAUUAUGAAAUUACAAAUAAUUAUGAGUCACCAAAUGAAGCUGAAAUCUAUUAUGAAGAGUCUUUCGAUGAAUUAUUGAAUGAUGAAGAAAUUUUCGAUAAUGAAGUGCUAGUGGAUGAAGUACUUAACGAUGAAGGACCUGACAAGAUUGUUGAUGAGGCAUUAAGUAUUGAGAAGAUACCAUCUAUUAGACAUUGGAAGUUAAGAAGUGUCAAAUAUUCCUACAAGUAUCCUUUGGAAUUUGCACCACUAAAGAUACCAGAAAUAAACUUUCCAAUUUACAAGUCAUAUAUCAAUCUUUAUUAUGAUGAUUUUGGAACGUACCGCAACACCUAUCACUCACUUGGGAUGAAGGAAUUAGAAAAAGGAAUUAUAAUGGAUGUGCAAAGAAACAAAAGCCUUGUUAUUGCAAGUCUCGGGGAUGUGACAGCUAAUCUGCCGCAGGGAAAUGACUUAGCUAGAAUUAAAAGACAUGGUGCUUUAAGAGGAUACCGUACAUGUAAUGUAAUGAGAGAUUUUUGGACUUCUAACGAUCUCAAUUUAUCAAUGGUUUCCUGUUAUCACCAUCUUACCAAUAGUCAAUUUAAAAAAAUUUCUUCAGCACCAACAUUAAAAAGAUAUAAAGAACUUGCCACUAAAUAUAGAUUAUAUUUACAACCACCAAUACUUGAUAGAUUAAAAAGGGAAAAACAUCUUUAG